AUGGACGGAGAACCAGAGGAGUCAGAUGAGGACGUUCAGGGAGAGGACAGACCCACUGUGCUCUGGGAGAAGUGUAUUCAGCAGAGCAUCUUUGUUGACCUGAGUGAGGAUGAAAGUCUCCACCUCAGUGAUUUGGAGAGGUCUUUAGUGUUUCGUCUGUCCCAGGCAGAGUCUGCUGCCUCCGAGGCCAGCAUCCAUCUCACUGGUAACUCGGAGCUGUCAGCCUUGGAUGUCACCUCCUCAGAGUCCAGUACUGUCAGUAGUCAAAGUGAGAGGGGGAUUGAGAGCAAGACCAAGAGCAGCAUACUGCACGUUUCCGCCCAAAGACCAAACACAAUGCAAGAUGAGCCCCCCUUAAAGCUGCGGGAUGAGGACGCAGGGCAAGAUACUAGUGAUGAAGAACAGGAGGACCUACCUUAUGACGGUGACCUUGGAAGCAUCUACUUCAACCAGAGAGCUAACUCUGAGGGCAACAUGGACUCGGAUGGAAGAGAAACGGUUCAUGCGAGUCCUGAUGUUCCUGGGUUGCUUGAAUGUAACACCAGAGAUAGAGAUGAUAUUAGUGAAUGCUUGGUUUCUGCUGAGCAAAACAUUGAGAAGCCAACAUCUUUGUUGCAAGAAGAUGCCAACACAAAACAGGACAACUUUUUUGAUGCUUCCAAGCAAAGUGAGGUUUCCCCACCAUGCCCUUAUCCUGCAGACAUUAGCCAGCUGUUGCUGAGGCAUUUCUCCCAGGAGGAGCUGCUGUGGUCAGGUAGGCCGAUCGAGGCAGAGACGCUGCCGGAGGUGUCCCUACUGGAGAGUGUGGAUGACACCAUUUUAAGCUGGGCUCCAACACACAACAGCACAGCGAUUAAUAGUAACCACUCAGAGAGCCCUGCUUGUAAUUCUGAGAUUAAUCAGAGUUUCUGCUCCGACAGGACGGAUGAAAAGUCAAAAAAAUCAAGUUUGGAGGAAGAAGCAGAGAGCAAAAAUGAUAACAUCAGCUUUGCUGCUUCUAACAGCAUUUUAUGCAGCUCUGUAAGAACAGACGUGGAGCAGGGCAGUGGAGAUACAAGCGCUAUAGAUGUCGAGAAGCAGGAAAGCACAGAAGAAGAUAAUCAGAUUCAAAGAGUCCCACUUGUGCGCACCAGGUCCUUCAGCGAGAUGAAGUACGGCCAAGGCCAAGUCCAUUACCCACUCCCUGACUUCUCCAAGGUCGCACCCAAGGUAAAAAUCCCCAAAGCUCCAAGCGGACCAGCCAAACCUGUUCCUCAGAGCACCAUGCACAGAGCCCAGUCUUCUCCAGGGAUGUUAGACGUGAUCAGCAGAGUCCUGGAGGACACGGUCCAGCCAUCAGAGAAACCCUAUGUUUUCAAAGACGAAGACAAACAGACUCCUCCAGCACUGGUGCAUCACCUGCAGGCUGAAUAUGAUAAAUUACUCACCAAAUACGCUGAGGCAGAAAACCUUAUAGAUCAAAUGAGAACAGAAACCAACACUCAGCCCUCCUCAGAACUGAUGCUUUAUUUAGAUUUUGGUGAUGAUGAUGAUGAUGAUGAUGAUGAUCAGGGGAAGUUAGCUGAGGGAAGCCAUCUUGGAUUAAAGGCUCUUCGCCUUCCCCCAUCAGAAAACGUUGGUGAAAAACAAGAAACAAUCCUCCAGAGCAACAUUGAGGGGGGGACAACAAUGUCCUCAAGCCAGCCUGAGGACGGUGUCAGUGAUGGGGAAAGAAUGACUGCUGAGCUGACAGACAUCAUCGACCAGUUCAUGCAGCAGGUGGAAGAGUUUAAAAUGAGCGUGAGCAACAUGUUAGUGAGCACAGCAGAACAGCAAAUGAUGUUAAGGAGCAUUAUGGAGGCCCAGGACCAACUGGAGAGACAAUACAUCAGUAAAAAGGAAGAACACAGAGCUCUGGAGAUGCAAAACUACAUGGGCCUGUCCAGGAACACUGGCACCUUUGACCCAAACAGGCUGGUGGAGGGAGACAUAUUCAGGAUAGGGAUGCUCCUGGAGGACAUAAAGGAGAUGAUAGACAAAAACAUGUGCGAGCAGAUUUCUCCUCCCCCCUCAUCCUCCACCCCCACGCCCAUGAAAGAGAUGCUGCGUUUGAAGCCCGGUCCUCCCUGCAUGCUCUCACCCUCACCUCCACCAUCAUUACAUGAGGGACCAAGUGCAGAUUUUUCCACUGUGGGUUACAAAAUGGAGGCACGGAAAGAGGAAGAAAAAGAGGAGGGAGUGGAGGACGUCAGAGCGGUCCAUGGGGAUGGUGGAUGGCAGCAAAGCUGUGAACUCAAAACAACCACCUCUUUACUGAACAAUACUGGACACAUCUACUGCCAUUCAGGGAGCUCACGGGGCUCUGUGAACGGACUGCAAAUCCAGACAGCUGAGGCUGAAGAAGAGAGGAGCUCUUCAGAGGUGACAGAUCACAGUGACAUCUUAGCACACUUGAGUGGAAGUGGCUCAUCGUCAAGACGGAGGCAGUGGACAUCCGACAGCCAUAGCACCCAGGAUAGUGUCCUGAACCCAGAGGGUGAAUGUGAUCUGGGUGAUUGUGCGAGUCUGGCUGUGGAGGUCUCGUCUUCCUCAGGUGCACCCAGAGGCUCAAACACCCACAGCCUCUCAGAGCCUCCUCUCAACACCUCAUCUGUAUCACAGAGGAUUGUGAGCCCAGAGACAGACAGUGGCUUUGGGAGCUCUUAUUUAAAUCAAUCAGCGUCUGGACCGUUUCAACCAAAUCUGCUAACAGAAAGCGUGCAGUCUCAGAAUGAUGGUUUAAGUAGCUCAGACAGUGAGGGCUCCGGCUCCAACCUGCAGACAGCCAUCCACCCAGCCACCCGGAGGUGGGCCAGUCCCCACCCAUCUGUUCAAACACAGUCCUGUGGUGCAGCAGCAGCACUGGAGCGCUGGGUGGAGAGCACCACUAGGGAGUCUUCAGUCAGGCAGCAGGGAUCUGAACACAGUCUGCCUGCUCAGCUGCAUCACCACAUGUCUGAACCUGUGCUCAGCACCACCAUGGAUACAGAAGAGAGAAGCAGCCCGCUGUAUUCCUGCUCUUGUAAUAGUGAGGCGAUACUGGCCUUACAGUCAGAGGUAUCCCGGCUGAAGAAGGACCUUGAGGAGGGCUUGAUCCAGCUGCCUCACCUCACACAGAGGAUGGACUAUCUCACCUCUAAAUACAGGCUGGAUCGUCAGGAACGCAGGACUAAAACCAGAACAAGGACCCAUCACAGACCAGCAUGCAACAGUGAAUGGAAGCUAUCAAGUAGCACACAAAAAGUGAGCGACCUCAGUUUGAGUCAGGUGAAGACAGAGGACUGGAUCUCUUCAGACAUGGACCCCAGCAAGAGCAAAGACACAGACAGUGGUGACACAGCCGGCUCUGAGAUCAUGUUGCAGUUUCACAAUGUGCCUGUAGGGAGCAGGAGAGGCAGCGGCAGCAUGCGCGGGGCACAGCAAUCCAACAGAGGGUCAGAGGCAAACAGCUCAGUGAAAACCUCCGCUCUGACCAGCGACGUUUCAAAAGGAGGGACAGCUUCUGAGCUGUCAAAGCAGAGAACACAGACAGCCGUCACAGAGAGUUUUUACUCCAACGAGAGGUGGUCUCUUUUCUCCUCUCCAUCUCCUCAGAAGCCCCUUCUCCAGGUCAGCUACGGCUCCCACUGCAGCCUGCCUGCAAGCUAUAAAGUUAGGGAGCCGCCUCUGCACUCCAUGUCUCAUCACAGAAAACGCUCCACCCAGUCAGACACAGCGCUUCUACCCAGUAAUGUGUACUUCCAGCGGACACCAUCCCCAGCGUCAGUCCCCUUAAAGACUGGCAGCAGGACAGGCAGACGCAGAGGGAGCAAGGAGGAAGAAAUUAACAGGACUCUGGACCAGGCUAUUGAGGUGGCCCGCAGCAUGAAGAGGACGACCGCCCGAAUGGCCAGAAGACUGUCAGCUGACCUGGCUGAGGCUCAGCUCCACAGGAAGCUGCACAACAUGAAGCCACUAGGGGGCAGGAAACACCAUGCAUUAUAA